AUGGGCAACAAUCAGCUGGAGGGGCCAAUCCCCCACCUCGGAGAUUGUUUCCACUUGGAGGAUCUCUUCUUGGGCGAAAAUGCUUUGAACGGCAGCGUGCCCCCAGAACUGGGUCGUUUGAGGGGCCUGCGGCAAUUGCUUCUUUACGAGAAUCGGCUGACGGGAGCUAUUCCCAAGGAAUUGGGGGGCUUGGAGGCCUUGAGCGAACUCUUCCUCUCGAGGAAUCAGUUGGAGCAAGAGAUCCCAAAGGAGCUCGGGCAGCUUAAGUCACUGCGAUAUCUUCAGCUUGCACAGAAUCGGCUCAGAGGGGAAAUCCCCAGAGAGUUGGGGCAGCUGAAGGCUCUUGAGGUCUUGAGCCUGGACCAGAAUGACUUCGUUGGGGAAGUUCCUAGAGAGCUGGCUCAGCUGGAGAAUCUGAAGCAAUUCUCUCUCGCGCAGAACCAGUUGACCGGCAGCAGCUACCGGAUUUCCAGCAUUUGGAAAAGCAACACUCAAUUGGAGAUUUUGGACUUAAGCUGGAAUGCCUUCAGUGGAGACCUGGGGGUAGGGCUCUCAGUCAACUCUUUGAAGCAUCUUCGGUAUUUGGAUCUCAGCCACAACAAUUUUCAUGGCGGCCUUGCUGGGCUCGUGGAGAGAUUUUGCCAGUUGAGCCCCAAGGGUGGAGACCUGCAGGAGCUUCGUUUGAACCAUAACGACUUCACGGGUGAGGUCCCGGCCUGUUUGAUGCAGUUCCCGAAACUGAAGUUCCUGGCGCUCAACAACAAUCGCUUACAAGGCCCGCUUCCGGAAGUGAAUACUUCAGAGCUUGUGAUUCUGGCCUUGCACAAGAAUCAGCUCUCAGGUGUGCUCCCCAAAGGUUUGAAGCAGCUAAAGCACCUUGGAGUUUUGACCUUGCACCAGAACUUCAUCGGGGGAAGCAUCAUUGAUCUUAGCUUAACGACGCCGUGCAUGGACAAUGCCAAGUUCAUCACUGGACCGUUACGAUGUUGGCAGAUCAAGCGGAUUACGGGGCUACUUUCCUUCUUGGACUUGCCGAUUGACCGCCGCGCGGUCGAGGCCAACUGCCCGACCUUAUGGGAUGGCUGCAAAGCUCUCAAUGGUUCAGCCAAUGUGACGCUGCACCGGAACCGUUUCUCAUGCCAAGUGCCUGAGAGCUUGACCUCUGGGGUUCCGGUCACAGGUCUGGUGGUCAUGGGAAACCUGCUGGGUGACGGGAGCGAGUUGAACUCAUCUUGGAUCCUGCCAGAGGAGAAGCAAUCCUUUCUGUAUUACUCCAAAGAGAUUUGGAGGUCUCAGCUCUCUAUCCUGACAGGUUUCUUGACCUUGUUGGUCUUUGCAGCCCUGUGUCGUCCGCAGCGGCGGGGCACCUUUCCUGGGCGCCGUGCCACAGCCCUGCGGCGCAACUUGGGGGUCCGCCGCACAGCCCGGGUUGCAUCCUCCAACUUUGCCAUGAUACUUGCUGCACGUAGUGCUUUUCUAAUGGCAGCGCCACUUCUGUUGCUCUUUGGGUGCUGGGGCCAUUACUUUGACUGUUGCCCACCUUUAUCUCAGACGACACUGGCCAACUUCCAAGCGGAGCCCCCGGUCGAGCUGGGCGUCAUCGUCUGCUGGUCUGCGCUGCUUCUCUUCUUUCGAAGCACGGUGGCCAGCAUGCCCGCAGACCCUGCGUGCGCCCGACCUGCCCAAGUCGGACUCUCGCCCGGUGCUGAGGGCGGGUCGGACUCUCGCCCUCGCACGGCGGUGCUUUGGCGACUAACCAGAAGGUCCUUGGCGUGGCUUCUUUGGGUUGGCGUGGUGCUUCCCAUCUUCUCCUUGCCGUCCAUUCUCUUCGCACUGGCCCAGUCGCUGCCAGCUCAGCAUUCCUUGGCCUUGAACGAAAGCCUUUUGAAUCUGGCUUACCGGACAGCACCAGUGGUGAUGGUUUUGAUUGACAUGGCUUUGGCAGUCAAGAUCUCCAUCAAGUACUCCCAAGCGUUUGGCUUGCAAACAUAUCACUUGUUAAUGAGCUUUCGUCUUUUUUCGGCCUGGCUCCUGCCAGUCUUCAUCACCGUUUUAUUGGAUGAGAACUGCCUCUCAGGGUGGAAAUGGACUUGGACUGUUUGCCAAGAGGACUCAUUGGAGCAGCAACGCUUUGACUGGAGCAUCUAUGGGGAAGAGAUCCUAAACACCAAGAGAGACAUUUGCACCUUGAGCGAGACAUGGUGGUCCGAUGGUCGUUGCAGCCGAGCGAUCGUCGGGAACCUGAGCCCGUUUUUGCUCAAGAAACUGCUGACGCGAAGCACCAUGCAACCUUUCCUGUCGUGGCUGGUGUGGCAGUUUUCGCGUUUGGAAGCCGAUUCAGGGGAUCCUCAGGCCGGGCGUCAUUUGAGACUGCGCGGCUUUGGACGGAGGGGACCGAAGACCAGUAGCUCUCUAAGGCCCUUGGAGCAAAUGGCCCUGCUGACCACACAGCUGGAAGUCUUGAUUGUUUGGACACCUUUGGUCCCUUUGCUGAGCCUUGGCAUUUGGAGUGCGGGCACUGCGAAUCUGCUCCUCUUUGACGCGGGUGUGUGGAACUUUGGAGUGCGACUCCCCUUGGACGCGAUGAACCGCAAAGCUGCACUGUCAAAGUCGUACUUGACCUUCGCCCUAGGCGCCGGCUGCUGCUUCCAGUUGUGGCAUGCCUUUGGUGCUGAGAUGUAUGGGCGAUACAUCUUGCUAAUCUUCAGCCUCGCAGUCAUGGGGCCCUGGGCCAAACGUUUCUUGCCCUUGGAGCUGGCAAGGAGCUAUUUCUGGGCAGAGGCAGAUAAAGCCAGUGAAAGCGAGUUCAUUGAAAUGAUCCAAACAGUCUCCGCAGGAUCCUGA